AUUUUUUAUGUUCACAGUGCUUUUCAGACUGUGUCAGCGGCUGACAGUAUCCAGAGAUGGCGGCCCUUGGGCGAAUGUACUCCUGCCCUUGUUCCUGGCCUCUGGCUCCGUUACUCAGGACAGGAAUCCCGAAAAUGGGUUCGUCCCAACUCCAUACAACCGCCAGUUCUGCUGCCAAGGAUUAUUACGAAGUCUUGGUGCUCGGCGGGGGCACGGGAGGAAUCAGCAUGAGCGCACGCAUGAAGCGGAAAGUGGGUACGGGUAACGUGGCCGUGGUUGAGCCUCAAGAGAACCACUAUUACCAACCACUCUGGACUUUGGUUGGGGCUGGGGCCAAACAGCUGGCACCUUCUUCGCGUCCCACGGCGAGUGUGAUUCCUUCCGGGGUGAAGUGGAUCCAGUCCAGAGUGCAAAAACUAGAUCCAGACAAAAACUGCGUCCAUUUGGAGAACAACCAAAAGAUAUCUUACAAGUAUUUGAUCAUUGCCCUUGGGCUCCAGCUGCAUUUUGAAAAGAUCAAAGGCUUGCCUGAAGGUUUUAACUCGCCUAAAAUAGGUUCCAAUUAUUCCAUUCACACAGUAGAGAAGACAUGGAAAGCUCUGCAGGAUUUCAAGGAAGGGAAUGCCAUUUUCACCUUUCCGAACACCCCGGUGAAGUGUGCCGGAGCACCACAAAAGAUCAUGUACUUGUCGGAGGCGUACUUCCGAAAGACGGGGAAACGUUCCAAAGCGAACAUAGUCUUCAAUACUGCCCUCGGGGUGAUUUUUGGAGUUCAGAAGUAUGCGGACGCUCUGCUAGAGAUUAUCAAAGCAAGGGACAUCACCGUCAACUACAAGUACAACCUUGUGGAAGUUCGAGCCGAUAAGCAAGAAGCAGUUUUUGAGAAUUUGGACAAAGUUGGAGAAACAAAGGUCUAUCAGUACGAAAUGCUCCAUGUCACCCCUCCGAUGGGGCCCCCUGAUGUCCUCCUGAACAGCCCGGUUUCCGACGGAGCUGGCUGGGUUGACUUAAACAAGGAGACGCUGCAGCAUAAGAAAUACCCAAAUGUCUUUGGCAUCGGGGACUGCACCAACCUCCCGACCUCCAAGACAGCCGCAGCAAUUGCUGGCCAGUCUGGCGUUCUUGAUAAAACAAUUUCUUCCAUCAUGAAGGGCAAAACCCCGAGUAAAAAGUACGACGGAUACACAUCCUGUCCCCUCGUCACCAAUUACAACAGAGCGAUCCUUGCUGAGUUUGACUACAAUGCUCAACCAUUGGAAACCUUACCUAUUGACCAGAGCAAGGAGCGGCUGAUAAGUUUUCACAUGAAGGCUGAUAUGAUGCCAUAUCUUUAUUGGUAUGGGCUACUGAAGGGAUAUUGGGGAGGACCAGCUCCAAUACGGAAAUUGCUACACUUGGGGUUGAAGUGAUUCCAUGGCAGCCACAGAACAAACCGUCAUAUGCAAGCUUCCAAGAAGCAUUCUUACUGUCCGUAUCAAUAAAAUAAUUUCUCAGCCUA